UGUAUCUACUGUCGUUCGACCCAAGAGUGUCUCGUCUUUCCUUUGCACCGACUCGGGAUUCCUCCCUCCUCCCAAUGUCCACCGAACGUUUCCGCCGUAAACUGGUCUACCUGCCGUAUAGCUUUCAGCUAUCUGCUUGCCGGGGCCGCCGCCUUUACUGCACUGGCCGUCUUUCUGGCUAUCGGCUGCUUCGUAUACUGCAUAGUUUGUGCUCGAAACUCGACAUGGAGGGCCAAGGCCCGUCAACUCAACUCGGCUGCUGUUAUCGUCGCAUCUCGCUACUCUCAAGUUGAAUGGGAUCGCAUGGGCUCUGAGAACAGCUCCACUAUAGAUCAAAUAGAUUCAAAUUUCAGGUGGACUAGAGAUUUAAAAAUUCGUAAUGCCUAA